AUGGGCGACCUCCACAAUACGCCCAUCGUCAUCGACAACGGCAGCGGCACCAUCAGGGCGGGCUAUGCUGGAGAAGACGCACCGCGCUGCUACUUUCCAUCCUUCGUCGGCCGUCCAAAACACCUCCGAGUACUUGCUGGCGGUUUGGAAGGAGACGUGUUCAUAGGGAAGAAAGCACAAGAACUGAAGGGUCUCCUGAAAAUCAGAUAUCCUCUGGAACAUGGCAUUGUCACAGACUGGGAUGACAUGGAGAAGAUUUGGCAGCAUAUCUACCAUGAAGACCUGAAGACAUUAAGUGAAGAGGUAGGUUGCAACCUCUGGCAAUUCGCGAAUACAUCCCGUGAGACCGCGCACCUAACCAGAGUCUUAGCAUCCUGUCUUGCUCACCGAAGCUCCCUUGAACCCUCGAACCAACCGCGAUACGGCUGCCCAGAUUCUGUUCGAAACGUUCAAUGUGCCUGCGCUCUACACCUCAAUACAGGCUGUACUCUCCUUGUACGCAUCUGGACGAACGACUGGUAUUGUGUUGGAUGCCGGCGACGGCGUCUCUCACGCUGUGCCUGUAUACGAGGGCUUCGCGAUUCCAAAUAGCAUCCGUCGAAUAGACGUUGCAGGACGCGAUGUGACCGAAGAGCUGCAAAGACUGCUGCGCAAAAGUGGACACAUCUUUCACACAAGCGCGGAGAAGGAGAUUGUCAGGAACAUCAAGGAGCAGACAUCAUACGUUGCCAUCGACCCCAGGAAAGAGGAGAAGGAAUGGCACAAUGCCAGCAGUCGAGGUGCGGAAAGCAAGGUCACGGAGUACACGCUACCAGAUGGUAAGAAGCUCAAGGUUGGCUCAGAGCGGUUCCGAGCACCAGAGAUCCUCUUCGAUCCGGAGCUCAUCGGCUUGGAAUGGCCCGGCCUCCACCAGAUCGUCGUUGAUUCGAUCAAUCGGACGGAUAUGGACUUGCGAAAAGCGCUUUAUGGCAACAUUGUCCUGUCUGGAGGCUCUACCAUGAUCAAGGGAUUCGGCGAUAGACUUCUCCAAGAAGUACAGAGGCUGGCGGUGAAGGACAUGCGCAUCAAGAUCUUUGCGCCGCCAGAGAGACUUUACAGUACUUGGAUUGGUGGUAGCAUCCUGGCGGGCUUGAGUACGUUCAGGAAGAUGUAUGUGACGAUUGAUGAUUGGCAUGAGAGUAAGUAAUUCCUCCCCACCUCGCGAUCCGAGCACGUUGCAGUUGCUGAUUCGUGUCUAGACCCGGACAUCAUCCACCAGAAGUUCGCAUAG